UAACGGUUGAAACUUACUCCCGGGGUUGACAACUCCUAGGAUAUGGAGCUGCAGACCCCCACGGUGGGACCCUUUCCUCCGAGAAACCGGAUCCCUGUCGUCCCACCAGGCCUGAGUCCCGUUCUUCUCCGGCUCUAGAAUCUCACCUGUUAGGAGAGAAAGAUAUAAGGUUUUUCUUACAAGGUUAACAAAAAUCAUAAGGCACAUGUCAGUGAAUCAGCAAGAUUUAGAUCCAGAUAGUACUACAGAUGUGGAAGAUGUUGCUGAUGCUGAAGAAGAACUUAUUAAAAAAUGUGAAGAAAUGUGGAAAGAUAUGGAAGAAUGUCAAAACAAAUUAUCACUUACUGGAACUGAGACACUCACUGAUUCAAAUGCUCAGCUGUCAUUAUUAAUUAUGCAAGUGAAAUGUUUGACUGCUGAACUUAGUCAGUGGCAGAAAGAAACUCCUGAAAUGAUUCCCCUGAAUGAAGAAAUUCUGGUAACAUUAGGAAAAGAAGAGUUCCAAAAAUUGAGACAUGAUCUUGAAUUGGUGCUAUCUACUAUUCAGUCAAAUAAUGAAAAAUUAAAGGAAGACUUAGAAAGGGAGCAAAAAUGGUUGGAUGAACAGCAACAGAUACUGGAAUCUCUUAAUGUACUACAAAAUGAAUUGAAACAGCAGGUUGUGACAUUUUCUGAAUCAAGAAUUUUUAAUGAGCUGAAAACAAAAAUUCGUGAUAUAAAAGAAUAUAAGGAGAAACUCUUGGUUACCCUGGGUGAGUUUCUCGAAGACCAUUUUCCUCUGCCUGAUAGAAACGUUAAAAAGAAAAAGAAAGACAUUCAAGAAUCAACUGCACAGCUGAUAACACUGCAUGAAAUGUUAGAGAUUCUUUUAAAUAGAUUAUUUGGUGUUCCACAUGACCCAUAUGUCAAAAUUAGUGAUUCUUUUUGGCCACCUUAUAUUGAGCUGCUCCUGCGUAAUGGAAUUGCCUUGAGACAUCCGGAAGAUCCAACCCGAAUAAGAUUAGAAGCCUUCCAUCAGUAAAAAGGUGGUGUUUUUUUCACACAGUACAUAAAGAAUCUUGUUGUUCAAGGGUAAUGGAAACACUGAGAAUUACUUGGAUAAAGAGCGUUAUUUGCUAACCAAAGCACAUAAUAUAGUCCAUUUUCCUUUCAUGCUUAAAAUGACUCAUGCUGCCAUCUACUAUUCACUUAAAAAUGAUAGCUUCAUAGUCAGUGCUUUGUGUUUUCAACUGAGUUGACAAGAAUAAGUAAAAAACAUUCUAGACUUAAUCAUUAUAAUACUUUAAAUAUACCUUACUUCUGCAGUAUUCUUUGGAAAAUUCUUUGUUAAUUAUAUUCCUAAUGUAAUGUUUUUCUCUUAAAAUAUAUGCCAGUUUAUUUUAUGCAUUUCAAGUUCUAUUUGGUGCUUACAUCCUUUAAAUUUAUAAAUUAUGGUGAAAGGCCAUAAUUUGCUGGAGGUUAAAAAACUGACUUAGUAUCUUAAUGUAUAAUGUAGCAUAAUUUUUAAGUAUAUAGUACAUCUGUUCCAUGUAUACUACAAUAUUUCUAGGUUUGUUAAAAAUUGGAAUAUUAAAAAAUAAUGAAUAAAGGUAGCAUGAAAACUAUUUUAAUGUGUAUUAUAUUACAAGUGAUAUAUAUAUUAAACCUUUCUUGAUUCUGUUAAUUACUAAUGAUAUUGUGUUCAUAAAAUUUUUUUAAUCCUCUGUGACAUUUUUGUAAAUAAAAUUCUCAUUUAAAAUUC